AUGUCGAAACUCCUCUCGCUUCAUAAACUAAAGUGGCUUGUCCUGGGAGCCCCGUGUCAGCCACUUUCGAGUCGAACUCAGGCCGACAGAUCCGUCCAAAGUGGUUCGCCGGAGCCUGUGUUUGGUUGCACUGAGACACUGAAGGGUCAGCCAGGGCUACAGAGUCCCCUCUACCCUAAUUUCUAUCCCUUAUUCCUGACGGGUCCUCCACUCUGGGUCGAAGCGGACCUGGGAGCAACAGUGGCUGAGAAGUGGCUCCACAUUCCUCAGGACCAGAACACCACUAGCGGAUGCGGUUAUACUCAAACCCACCCAAUCUUCCGACCCUUCUCACGACCUUUCCGCCUUGACCCUCCCUGCAGGCGGAUCCACGUGACCAAAGAGACGCUCGGGUACCUCCGUGGGCACUACCGCGUCGAGCCAGGCAACGGCGGGGAGAGGAACCACUACCUGAAGAGCCAGAAUAUCGAGACGUUCCUCAUAGUUCCUGACGAAGAGUAUCGGGAUUACAACGUCAAGAAGACCUCGAUGUACAGCAUGAACGGCAGCGUCAGCAAGGAGAUGAGAAUGAUCGGGCACGCGGAUCACACGAAGCAGAACACCAACAUCCACACCAAGCUCGGCCUCAGCGACUCCUCCGACAGCAAGAAUACAGACGACGAGGUGAAUGACUACCUGGCCCGUGCCAUUGACGCCCGCUCCAUCGACCGCCUCAGAAGCGAGCACUGCAAGAGGUUCCUCCUCUCGUUCCGCAAGUCCGAUGUCGAGGAGAAGUAUUCCAAGGAGAGGGACAAGAUGCUGCCAAGUUACUUCAUAAUUUCGUGGUUCACUAUCAUUUGCAUAUUUGCGGUCCAGAUCAUCAUCAUCCCAAGAUUCGCCGGAUCAAUCGGGGUGUUCCUGGUGGGGACAGCGGUGACGUCAUUGGUGGUGGUUCUCGUCCUGGCGGAGAAGUGCGAGUGCAUGCCCGAGCAGGUGAAGAAGAUGAGCUCAGCGGUUGCCAGCAGUCGGACCGUCAGCCAGAUGCUCGCCUGCUUCGUGGUCCUCAUACUCUUCCUCUGCUCAAUCACGUCCAUGUUCCUUCUGGACCUGGAGAGUUACCGCGACUGCAGCCUCCUCUCGGGCGAAAACGCAACCAACCUGACCCUCGACGUCGCCAACCGCACGUCCUCCUCGAGCGGGGUGGCGGACGGACUCACCCUCCAGGCUCCCGAAGUCAUUUCCCUCAAGGAGCAGCUCAACGUCACGCUGGGAGACGAGAACAACGCCUGCCACCAGGGACCAACCACGCACUUCCCGGAUUACUUCACCUUCUGUGUGCUGGUGGUGAUGGUGUCCUGUGCAGUGUACCAGCUCAUCUUCUGCAUCAUUAAGCUCUUGCUCCUGGUUGCCAUCUGCGUUGCAUAUCUCUCCAUGGUUCUCUUCACGCACGGAUCCCUGUUUGAUAAUCAGGAUGCUCUUCUUCUGAUGAGUAAAGGGGAGGGAGAAGUCUUCAUCUCGCGGUACGUUACAGUAGCAGUUCUGAUAGGAUUUACUAUUGCCUUCUUCAUCCAUGCUCAACAGACAGAGGCUACGUCCAGACUAGACUUCCUCUGGAAAUUGCAGGCUCAUGAGGAGAAAGAUGAAAUUGAACAUCUGCAAGCCUAUAACAGGAAACUGAUAGCUAACAUUCUACCAGAGCAUGUUGCUGUUCAUUUCCUGUGCACAGACAGAGCACCAGAUGAACUUUACCAUGAAGAAUGUGAAAGUGUCUGCAUCUUAUUUGCUUCCAUCCCAAAUUUCUCUGACUUUUAUGUUGAACUUGAGUCCAAUAAUGAAGGAGUAGAAUGUCUGCGGCUUCUCAAUGAAAUCAUAGCAGACUUCGAUGAGCUUCUUGAAGAGGAACACUUCAAGUGGAUUGAAAAAAUAAAAUCCACUGGUGCCACUUACAUGGCAGCUGCUGGACUCACAAAAUCUACUAGGGAUUUGAAAAAUUUCCGUCAUGUGACAGCUAUGGCUGACUAUGCUCUGCGGAUAAGAGACCAACUGGAGUAUGUAAAUGAACAUUCCUUUAAUAACUUCAAAAUAAGAAUAGGUAUAAAUAUAGGUCCUGUUGUGGCUGGAGUUAUAGGUGCUAGAAAGCCCCAGUAUGACAUAUGGGGAAAUGCAGUUAAUGUAGCGUCAAGAAUGGAUUCAACGGGUGAGCUAGAUAAAAUACAGGUAACCCAAGAGGUGUACCAGAUUUUACACAAGAAGGGAUAUCCAUUAUCCUGUAGAGGAACUAUAAAGGUGAAAGGAAAAGGAGACAUGAUAACAUACUUCCUCAAUGGUCGAAGCCACGACAUCAUUGAAGAAGACUGUUCGAGCUCGGGGACGAAGGAGGCUGCUGCUGAGAACCAUACAUAGGGAAAACACUAAUAGGAGCUGUGCUGGUGUUGGGAAUCACACACACAUAUACACAUAUACACAGCCAUACUCAGUUGAGGGGAAAUUGAAGCAAACAAAGUAGGACAUUCACAGAGAAGUAGGGGGGGUAGUAAUGUUUAUGCUCUUUUGUCAUUUUUCUACACAGUAUUAAAAGGUUAUUUAGAGAUUUUUGUAAAUUUUUGAUUUUCAUAUCUUCAGGGAAUAAAUUUUUCGGGGUUAUGUAAGGUAAAACAUUUUUUGCGUAUACUGUAAACUGUAGUAUAGCAAUAAUAAUGAUACUGGUUUUACUUUUCUUUUAAAUUCACACACACGUGCAUGCAGGCACACACUCACGCACACACAAAAAAAAAAAAAUUUGCAGCAAUGCUCACAUGCACACACAAGCACAGACAUAGAUAUAGAUAUAUAUCCAUAUAUUACUUUUCUAACUGUUUCAAAUUAUUUCUGUAAAAUUUAUGGCAUCUAUAUUUUUUCUGUGAUUUUGAUAUUGACAUUUUUGUUAUUAUUUUUCCAUAGCUACAGGCUGAAUGGAGUAUUUCUUGAGUAGUAUAUCUAGUCAAAAUAAUUUCUUGCAUUUGAAAUUUAUGAAUAGGUUGCAUUGCAUCUUUUCACACACACACACACACACACACACACACACACACACACACACACACACACACACACACACACACACACACACACACACACACACAAAAAAAAAAAGGUAAAAUGAAAAAGAGUGGUUCUUCAGUGACCUACAGAAGCAUGAGGGUAACAGUCUAUCAUCAAAUAUAAUGUGCAACAUCUGUAGGAGUAGUAAGGAAUCUUCUGAGCUGUGGCACAGAGACCAUACAUGUAGUAAAUGUGUACUUGAAUCUCAUGUAACUGUAUCACAGCCUUGUGUAUUAUAGAUUUGUCUCUUACCAUGACACAUUUGUUGCAAUAUACAUACUAGACCUUAUCUACUUGUAUGCUGUGAAUGCCUUGAUUUGUUUUGUGGAGAAGAAAAUGUCUUUAUCAGAAUGCAAGAUGUAUAUUUAUAUUCUAUGGUUGUGAUACUAACGUAAUGCCACCAAAUAUGUAACAUUCUUCUUAGUACUUACGAAAGUGUUUCAAAAUGGCUCCUUUACUAUGCUUUUAUUGUAUUAUCAGACUUAAAGUUGGCAGGAGAGAUCCAAGCAGCCAAUGAUAGUUUAUAUCAGCCAGGCCAGUACAUGAAAGUUCAGUAAUGAAAAUACAGUCCACUUUCUCGGAUGAUAUUCACUGAACUGAAGUCUACAAACUCUUUCCUACUAAUUUACAUCAAGAAUUUGAAUAAAAAUAUUUUUAUUACAUAAGACUAGAUUUGCUCGUGAUGACAAAACUUUUUGCCAGACAUGCUUUUGAUAUAUGUAAAUUACUGAUAUUAUUGAAUUGCAUGUUCUUGCAUACAAUUCUAAAGUGUAUGUUUGUAAACAAUAUUGCUUCCUAUUGUAAAUACAGGCAUUUACAACACUCCCUUCCCAUUGGAUUUUCAAUGAAAAAUACUGUACCUUGCUAAGAAGGAUAUGGCUCAUUGACAGGACAUGUACUGUACAUAGCUAUACAUAUAUGUAUAUAAGGGUGUCAUCCUAUAGUGUUUAUGUGGUGUAGGAGGUUAUUCAAAUGUGGCAUUUCAUAAGUAGAUUAGACAGUGAAAAGACAAGCUCAUGUUUAGUAAAUGGGACCACGUGGUAAGCUGCAUUUGGGAGGAAUUCAGAGAUUUUGAGUAUAUAUAUUUUUUCAACUACUUAAGGAGAAAUGUAUUGCAAUUAUUGUGGUGAUGAAAAUUUACAUUUACUUGUCUCUUCCUACAUGCAAGGUCCAUUUGUGGUUCAUUGCAGAUAAAAUGGAAUAAACAAGAAAAUGUAAAAAUGUAAAGUCAUAUUUUACAGAUAUGGAAGCUCAUGCAAUACAGAACAUUAGCAGUAUGCUAUAAAAUGCAGUAUUAGCCACAGAGAGGGUAAUGAUCUUAGAUUUAGAUGUAACUCACAUCUCUCAGCAAUAGCUGUUUUAAGAUUUGUUUUUCACCAAUGUGAGGCCUCAUUCAGAAGAACUUAAUCAAGAUGCUGUAGAACAGUGCUUUUUAUCCCACUAUCAAAAAAUAGUAUGCAGUUUUUACAAAGAUUUUUGGUUCAUUUAGGAUUGAAAACAUUUCAUUUUACAAUUUAAUUGGUAUAUUUAAAAAUGAUACAAGAUUCAUUUUUAUUCCAGAUUAUUUCUGUUGCAUAACUUGGGUUGUAUCAAUUUCUGUAAGUCAUUGAAACAUUAUAAGAAAUUUUCUGCCUCAAAGAGAAAAUGGAAGAGCUUGAUUGUGCCAUAAAUAGAAUACAACUGUAUAGAACCUCCUAAUCAAACUCCACGAUGUAUAGAGGAAGGUAGAAAAAAAUUACAUAUAUAUAUAUAUCUGUCAAGACUUGCAUUGACGACUUUUAACUACAGUUUGUAACCCUCUACAGUGUUUUACUGCUCGGAUGAGAAAAUGUUAUAAAUAAUUUCAUAAUAUAUGGUGUGCUCUCACUCUGCUCUUUCUCGAAAUAUGUGGUGUGAUGUAAAUCAUUUGUUUUCUCUGUAUGCAGGAACAAGCUAAGGCAAUGCAUCAAGAGUAUAUACAAAGGAAUGUAGUAAGAGAGCAUUAAAAAAGAAGAAAAAAAAAAAUCUCCUAAAUGCUUCCAAAGUGCGAUCCUUUUUGCAUGUUGAUAUUAGAUCACAAAAUCUGUCUACUUCCAUACAUCCAGCUUGCCUUCCAUAGAUCAGAUCCCACAAUUUGAAACACUUUCUUUUUUGGCAGAUGUGGCUCGUGUAAUCCUGUCUUAACAUGAUGGAAAAGAACAUAUGAAAGGCCUACUGUAUUUUUACCAGCAUGUGGAUAUUUGGUAGUUUUACUACAUGUGCAAAGAUAGGAAACUGACACUUUUUACUAUCACUCUUUUGUGAACAUGUAGAAGGAAAUGGCUGUGGUAAUAAUCUGCAUAAUGAUACAUAAUGCAUGUUUUCGCCAUUUGUAUGUAUUGUCUAUUUCUUCAAGAUUUGCCACUUUUUUCAGUUAUAUCAUGUUGUAAGUGUAUAGUUAUCUAUAUUUGAUUAUAAUUGUUAUUAUGAAUUAAUGGAGAAAUUAUUCAGAGUUUAAUAUAUUAAGACAAAUGAUUUUGUUAAAUGAAAUGGGAUGUGCCAAAGAUGGAAAUAUAUUAAAUGCUAUCUAUAUUAUCAAUAGAAUGAAGGGGAUAAAAAUGCCCUACCCACUCGGAACUGUCGGAAGGAAAUUAAGAAAGGGUAUGCCGAGACACUGGUGUUGUUAGCAUAAAAGAUUUGUACGCUUUUAAUAAAUGACUGUAAUUUUUUUUUUUUUUCUCUCUAUCUCUUUUUGGGGAACUUAGUUUCUGUUGUGUUCAAUCAGAAAUCCAUCCUUGAAUAAUGUCACUUUUAAUAAUAUCAGAAGCUCAAGAAAUGCUUUUUUUCAGGUUGAGAAUAUAAAGGGAAACAUGACCAACAGAAUGUUUAUUGGCUUUACAGAGAAACAUUUUGGUAUUUCUGUGCUCCAUAAUGAUAUCAAGAUGAUUGUAUUUCACAUUUCAGUUAUAUUCUCGAGUUGUAAGAUUUUAUUAUUUUGCUUUUGAUACACGACAGACAGUUAUUCUUUAAACAAGAUAGAUAAUUGACACAUAAAAUAAAGUUUUAAGUUCUUCAAUUCAUUUGUGCAAGAUUUCAUUAAAAAAAUAUAUUUUGAUAUAAUUUCUGGGCAAGCAAAUUAUGUAAAAUUGAUGUAGUGAAUGUUGCUACUGUAAAUUUUUGUUAAGUGUUGUCUUUUUUUCCUGUUUAACCACACACACAUGUACAUGCACACACACACACACACACACACACACACACACACACACACACACACACACACACACACACACACACACACACACACACACACACACACACACACACACACACAUACACACACUUACCCAUGCAAUACUCCGUAACAGUGCAAAAAUAUACACUAAAACUGCAUGUGUAAAAUAAACAAAUAAUGAACAAUUCAUGUAGAGUGUACAUAGCAAAUCUGUUUUGUCUAUAAAAUGUUUAGUAUUUUAGGUGCUAUUAAUUCGUUUUUGUUUGUUUUUUUGCAUUAAAAACAAAAGAAAAUAGAGAACACAUAAUGAUUUAUGAAACAUCAGUACAUCGUUGAAAAAUGAUAUGUAUGUGUAAAAGCUAAAAAAUAUAAUUUCGCAAUUACUAUA